AUGGGAUUCUCAAGUCCUCAGGCGAUGCUGCAAAGCCUUCUACAUUCAGGUAAAUAUUCAGACCUGACGAUAUCAUGCGAAGGAAAAAGAUUCCAAGUACACCGAGCAAUUGUCUGCUCUCAAUCAUCUUUUUUUGAUGCUGCAUUGAAAGGGGGGUUUAAGGAAGCAUCUCUAUCAGAAGUUGAUCUCCCGGACGAUGAUUUAGCAACCAUUCAACGUGUUAUCUCUUUCCUUUACAAUCAAGACUACCAAGACACAAACGAAUCGCAAGUUCAAAGUCGAAACUGUGCUUUGGAUCAUGAUAUAGAGCCCCAUGCAGCUAUGUGGAACAACCUUAGGGUGUUUAUAGCAGCUGAUAAAUUCGACAUUUCGCCUCUGAAAGACCUUGCGAGAUCUCGAAUCAUUGAAUGGAUCGACAAAAAUGCGAGCAAGUCUCCCUUGAUUAUAGAAAAAAUCUGGACCACCAUUCCGCCUUACGAGACUCUGCUUCGCGACGCUAUAACCAAGUCAAUUUCAUCCGAUGCUGAUAGAUUUCUCACCCAUGAUGAGAGCAUAGAAGUCAUGCAAAAUUUGCCGGAUAUUACCAUUUCGAUUCUCAAGGAGCUCGUCGCCGUCAAUUAUUCGAUGAAAGUUCAAAUUGACCUUAGUAAGAAAAAGCUGCUACCGCGACGCUGA